AUGCUCAGAAUACCCAAACCAUCUUACAGGUUUGUGAGAUCUAUCUCCACCAAGUACUUUCCUAAUGAGCCAUCGGCACCUGUUUUUACAACCAGCUCCGUUCCAGGCCCCAAGUCCAAGCAGAUUAACCAGGAACUAGGCGAGGUUUACGACAAUGGAGCCACCUACUUUGUUGCAGACUAUUUCCAAUCUAUUGGAAACUACAUCAGUGAUGCCGAUGGAAACAAGUUGUUGGACGUCUACUGUCAAAUUUCAUCGAUUCCACUAGGCUACAAUAACCCCAAGUUGAUUGAAGCCGCCAAAUCCGACGAAAUGGUGUCUGCCAUAGUUAACCGUCCUGCAUUGGCAUGUUUCCCCCAAUCCAACUACAAGGAUAUUCUUGAACAGGGUUUGCUUGCAGCUGCACCACCGGGGAUGACCAAGAUUUGGACUUCGUUGAGUGGAUCAGAUGCCAAUGAAACUGCUUACAAGGCGGCAUUCAUGUACCAACAUGCCAAAUUGAGAAAGGGCGCCGAUUUCACCGCCGAGGAAUUGUCGAGUGUCAUGGACAACAAGACCCCUGGUGCCUCGGAGAUGGUGAUAUUGUCCUUUGACAAGGGUUUCCACGGAAGAACAUUUGGUGCAUUGGCUACUACCCGCUCGAAGGCUAUUCACAAGUUGGAUAUCCCUGCGUUUCCAUGGCCAAAAGCACCUUUCCCGCAAUUGAAAUACCCUCUUGAAGAAUUUGCAGCUGAAAACAGACAGGAAGAACAAAGAUGUUUGGAUGAGUUGGAAAACAUCAUUGUUAACUCUCCAAAGCAGAUUGCUGCUGCUAUUGUCGAGCCUGUUCAAUCCGAAGGUGGUGAUAACCAUGCGUCUUCCUUCUUUUUCCAAGGCUUAAGAGACAUUACGGCAAAACACGGCAUUUUGUUUAUUGUUGAUGAAGUGCAAACUGGUGUUGGUGCCACUGGUAAAUUCUGGGCUCACGAGCAUUGGAACUUGACGAGUCCACCCGAUAUGGUGACCUUUUCCAAGAAAUUCCAGGCUGCUGGUUUCUACUUUGGCAAUGGCGACUUGCAGCCAAAGCAGCCAUUUAGACAGUUCAACACUUGGUGCGGUGACCCAACCAAGGCCAUCUUGGCUAAAGCUAUAUACCAAGAGAUUAAAGCCUCGGACUUGGUCACGCGCACCGCCACGGUGGGUAACUAUUUGUAUCAAGGGUUGCAAACGGUUGUUUCAAAGAGUCAGGGCAAGUUCUUGAACUUGAGAGGUGAAAACUACGGCACUUUUAUUGCUUGGGACUGUUGCUCUGUUGAAGUGCGCGCCAAAGUAUUGCAAGCUUGUAAGGACUUGGGUCUUAACAUGGGUGCAUGUGGUGACCUUUCUAUUAGAUUGAGACCCACCUUGUUGUUUGAAAAGAAACACGCCGACGUGUUUUUGAACAUAUUGGAAGAAGCUGUUGGCAAGGUGUAA